CCAGCCCUACAAAUAAGUGGAGUGAGCUCAGAAGAGGGCGGAUGGUAUUCGCAAGGUGGCCGAUGGUCGAAGAGAAUCUCACAGCUCAUCACAAUGAUUCGCUUCAUCCUGAUCCAGAACCGUGCCGGCAAGACGCGGCUGGCCAAGUGGUACAUGUCAUUUGAUGACGACGAGAAACAGAAGCUGAUUGAGGAGGUGCAUGCCUUGGUCACAGUCAGAGACGCCAAGCACACAAAUUUUGUAGAAUUCCGUAAUUUCAAGAUAGUUUACAGAAGGUAUGCGGGCCUUUACUUCUGCAUAUGCGUGGACGUUGGCGACAACAAUUUAUCCUACUUGGAAGCAAUACAUAAUUUUGUUGAGGUACUUAACGAAUAUUUCCACAAUGUCUGUGAGCUGGACCUGGUCUUCAACUUCUACAAGGUUUAUUCAGUGGUGGACGAGAUGUUCCUAGCUGGGGAGAUCAGGGAAACAAGCCAAACAAAGGUCCUGAAGCAGUUAACCAACCUGGCACAGCUAGACUGAGGAGGCUGUCUCGAACACCUAUACAGAUAUUUUGGGGUGGGGGCGAGUAAAGAGAGUCUUUAAAGUGUACAUAAUGUGAGAAAAGUGUAGAACGUUCUGAACCACUGAAUUCCUUUUGACAAGAAAGCAAAUUGGUUCACUUGGGCAGGACUCUAUAGUAGGUGAGCUGUCAGAUGUACGUGUGAGCAUCUGCGCUUCUCUAUUACAUAUAAAUACACCCCAAAUUGUUUGUCAUGUGCAAGUGCACAUGGAUGUAUGUACCUGAUCAUGUCCACAUUCUGAAUACCUGUACAUACAUGUACUUGUACCUGUCAAUUACCGAGGUGCUGGGGAUUUUAUCGCCGACUUUGCUCAGAGUUUGAAAUUCUGUCAAGGUGAGGCCUGUUUACUAUAUUUUUAAUUGCAGUUGUGCUGAAAAGUAGGCACAGUUUGGUUGUGCCCAAGUCUUUGACCAAACAUUACAUUGUAAAUGAAGGUGGUCUCACAAUCGUGUUGUACUUCAGAAUUGCUGCCUAAUUCAAGGAAACUCUUGCCUGUUAACUUGACAGAGCUGCUUUGAAUGGUAUACAUGUACAUGUAAAGAAAUUGACUGUGGUCGCAAUCAGUCAUAUUUUAGGCAGUGCCUAGUGCUUACGUGUACACGUAUACUGAAGUCCCAUGCAGCCUGGUCACAACAUCACGGAUGUCGGUGUCAUCCCUGUGUUGAAGUGAUAGUGAGAUUUUAGCAGUCUACUCAGACUGUACGCUAGACUUUGCCCAACAUACGGUACUCCCCCAGAUUCAUCAAGUGCAGAUCUCGGUCCCACAAUCAACAAACCACAUGUUGAUGAAGCCAGUCCUUUACAGUCAGGGCACUGUUCUUCUCAUAUAGGGCUUGAUGUCCCUGUUUUGUAGAGUUACCAAGAAUGAGCAAAAUUAUAACCGAUAUAAAGCACCGAAGUGUGGCGUCACUGUGAACCAGAAAGUGCAGUGCAAACGAAUGGAGAAUGCGCGCGUGUUGGUUCACGCGCUGGUUCUCUCCGUAAUGCCUUUUACACACAUAACUGUGUGUGGGACAUUUUCACUUUGAUACUCUAUAGCAGUGUGUUGGAUUUGGGUAGGCUGGGAAAGACUGUCAGGUGAACGCCACAGGGAAGUCAACUUUUUUUUAAGUGGAUAUCAGAUGGGAAAAUGGUAGUUGAAAACAACAGGAAAGUGUAAAACUUUAAGUGCAUGUGUUGUCAAACCUUGUGUUACAUAAAUGCUAAAAACUAUAAACCGUUGUGUCUACAUGUAUGUAGCUGUACUAUGUAGGGUUUCCCAUUUUUAAAACUCUAGAUAUUGGUUGUUGGCGAUGACCUCUAAACUUGAAUCCAAAUGUUGUGAACUUUGGAGGGGUUUUGAUUGGAAAUUUGCACUGAAUUUUAUUUUAGCAAGGUGCAAAUCUUCACAUCGAUCGUUUCCCCCAGUUUUUCUUUCCCAACAGUUAUAAUUUUCAAAGCAUUAUAAGACUGUGCUCCACUUGGUUUACUUUGUAAUAAAAUAUUUUUUUUUUGACUUGCAAAAUCUUGUCGAAUAAUGACGUACCUCACUCCAAACUUCAUCUAUGCCCAAACUAGAUUUCAUUUGACUGCAAAAGUCCACAUGGAUUAAGAAAUGUCUGGAGGUACAUUUAAUCAGACUGACUUUUCAAAGGAAUCGUCCGCGAUGCUACACAAAAUGUGGUAGCCAUUACAUGUAUUGUUAAGUUGAUAGGAAUAGACCCCCAUUUUAUUAAACAAUUAUAAUCUAAUAUACAUGUAUAUUUAAAGUUCCACACUGGCUUUGAGAUUAUUGAAUAAUAAACUAUAACCAUACUACACUUACAACCAA